AUGGCAGACGGCGAAGGCGGAGGCGGCAACCGAAGGGUUGCCGAACCCGAGGUGAAAAUCCCUAUCGUCAGGGUGAAGGAGCAACCAAGGAGGCACAAGGUUAUUUCCUUCGGUUACAUGGUCACGAUCCCGGAAGAAAGCGAUAUUCCCGGAGAAGUAAGAACGGUUGUGCCAGAUGUCUACAAAUUCCAGUAUCCACCAGUGCCAGAAGUGCCAGAUGAUUUAGUGCCUGGUGUGAUCCCAGCGAAUUUCCAAGCAGGAGUGGAGGUGGAUGAUACAACAGUGUUUUUUGAGACGAAAGAAGGAGAUAAUGGACCGGAAUACAGGUAUUGACGAGCUUCUUCAGGGUAUUGUGACGUGAAAUCAAAUAUUUCUUCUUGCAUUGCAACCACCCAUCUCUCAGUACAUGCGCAUCGAUCUCACAAACAUCAAUAGCCUUUCCUAGUGCCUCACCUUCUCCUCCCAACUACAACAGGGUCGCCUACGUCCACCCGGAGAACAUCCUCCUGGAUUGGACGGAUGAUGUCGACGCACUUUGGAUUGAGUCUUUGCAGAUUCUUGAGGACAACCGAGAAUUGUCAGAGGAAGCAUUGGAUUUCCUCGAUGCGGAUCCUCUAUCAUUGUUCGGUAUUGCGGAUCCAGUUACCCAGAAGGCACUGGAAAAGGCAGCCACAGUGCCGAUGCUCAAAUGCAUGGGACAGAGGUAACUCAGUUUGGGUGUUGUGGAGCUUCGUGGUUUCCAACCGAAGCCGAACAAGUAUUUGGUUUAUUUUCCCAAGGAACGUCCUAUGAAUAUAUAAAAUCAUGAUCAUCUACAUCUUGACUAUCACCAUGAUGACCAUUUCCGUCAUCAUGUAUGAUCUACUUGUCUUAUCAUCAUUGCGUCAUCAUGUUCGUCCCAACUACAACAUCUGAGGCCUGUUCUAGAGGAGUGGUUUGCAUAUUUGAACGCGGAUCCAGAGGCGGACAAGGAAUUUAGCUGGGUUGUAGAGGCAUUCGCCGAGGUCGAAUUACCCGUACCCUGGACGUCCUACAAGGGUGUCGGUUCCAUUGUUUGCUACCUCAACAACGAGUCACAAGAAACCACAUGGAAACAUCCUUUCUACGACUACUUCUCACAACUUCUAGACCACUGUCGACGCGCUAGUCAGGAAGAACACAUCAAGUUGCGGCUGAACCGUAUGUUGUGGACGUACGAGGCGGAGAGUCAGCAUGAUGUGAGCUUGCAACAGCCGCUGAUAUCGCCACUGUACGUGCAACAGAUCGCGGAGAUGCUCAAGAUCGACCUGCCGAAAGAACCAUUCAUGGUGAGGACGUUGAAGACGUUCCUGAAGGCGUUUUCACAACAGUACCGAUUAGAAGAGGAGAUCGACUCACAGGAGGUCAAGUGGUGUUUGGAGAUUGUGGAAAACGAAAGGGCAAAAGCGGGGAUAGCUAGGUACUCGUUUCUUUCUGUGAAUUACAUUGGCUUCACUUAAAAUUCCAAAUCUUCAUGUUGUUGACAUGACACAUUGUUCACAUUCACAUACCUCUCCCCGAAUAGUACAAAGUCCUGGCUGCUUCUUCUCCCACGACUUCUAUCCGAUCAUCCCACCACCUCAACAGGAAUAUGGACCUCGAAGACGAUCCCGGAGAACUCGUCAACCCCUCAGCACACGCGCAGCUCUACUGCAUCGAGUGUCAGGUCAUAGCGACUUGUUAUUGUCCGGAUUGUGAGGACUGUUUUUGCGAGAACUGCUUCGAGCGAUUGCAUAGCAAAGGCAAUAGGCACAAGCACGAACCCAACCAUUUGAUUCCGUGCUGCCUGUGUCGCGCUUUUCCGGCGAAACUGCAGUGUACGUACACUUUUGGUAACUACUGCCACGAGUGCUAUGCGCGCAAGCAUGUGAAAACUCUGCCCAAAUUCCUCGAUUUGAAGCCGUUGAGGAUCGACUACACGGCUAGGAGGAAGCCGGACGCAGGAGCAGCAGCCGGUGGCAGUCCAGCCAGCAAGGCGGCUCCUGGUGCUGCCGCGGGAGCCGGUCCAGGUGGCGGCGCAGCAACCAGCACUGCCAAGCCGCCAGGCGGACCAGCUAGGGUCUGGGCCUUAGGUGAAGUGAAUCCAGCCUUCGAGGCACAAGAGGGCUUCUCAAAGCGAGCACCGAUUCAGACGACACUGGGUGAAGAGUGGUCAGCGUUUUACGAUCUCCGAGGCGUGAAGUACUACUACAACUUCACAACGGGUGAGUCGAUGAGAAGACCACACGAGCGCUUCAUCGACAUAGCAGUAGAGAAGGACGCACUAGUGGUGAAGGACGAAGAAUGGACGCCAGAGUACAAAGAGGUGAUCAGGCAGAUGGCAGUGUCGAAGGAGGGGAGAAAACUAGGCGCUUUUGGAACGGGGAUCGGGCCGAAUGCAUAG